UACUUGUCAAAGGGCUAUACUUUUAGCUUCCCCCAUCCUGCAAGGCCAUUCAGCCAUGUGCCAGCUGGAGUAAUCUUUAUUCACCAUGUCUUUACAAAGGCUCAUGCAACAGAGCAGCAAUGGCAAUUUGGUGGACUACUGCUCUGGUCCAUCGUACAGCUCUUAUUCCAUGCUCCCAGGCAGCUUUUCGAUGGAUGAUAAUAGAAGGAUUCAAAUGCUGGCAGACACGGUGGCUACUUUGCCUCGGGGACGAAAGCAGCUUGCUUUGACGAGAUCAAGUUCUUUAGGUGACUUUUCCUGGUCUCAAAGAAAGCUUGUUACUGUGGAAAAGCAGGAUAAUGGAACAUUUGGAUUUGAAAUUCAGACUUACAGGCUCCAGAACCAGAAUACUUGCUCCUCAGAGCUGUGCACGCUGAUCUGCAAAAUCCAGGAGGACAGCCCAGCACACUGCGCUGGCCUGCAAGCUGGUGAUGUCCUUGCAAAUAUCAAUGGUGUGAGCACAGAAGGCUUUACCCACAAGCAAGUUGUUGACCUGAUCAGAUCAUCAGGAAACCUGCUAACGAUAGAGACUCUUAACGGAACAACGAUUCUCAAAAGAACAGAGCUUGAAGCAAAGCUGCAAGUUUUAAAGCAAACCUUGAAGAAGAAAUGGGUGGAGUUCAGAUCUCUGCAGUUACAGGAACAGCGCUUGCUUCAUGGUGACGCAGCUAACUGCCCAAGUUUGGAAAACAUGGACAUAGAUGAAUCGACAUUGUUUGGAACCCAACCUGGGCCAGGUCCAGCCCUCCUGGAACGAAAUCGAUUAUCCAGUGAGAGUAGCUGUAAGAGCUGGCUGAGCUCCAUGACGGUGGACAGUGAGGACGGCUACCAGACAUGUGUGUCUGAGGACUCGAGCAGGGGAGCUUUCAGCCGGCAGACAAGCACAGACGACGAGUGCUUUGUCCUCAAGGAUGGGGAUGAAUUUCUGAAAAGGUCAUCUUCAAGGAGAAACCGGAGCAUUAGUACUGCCAGCAGUGGGUCCAUGUCUCCCUUGUGGGAAAGCAACUUCUCAAGCAUGUUUGGGACCCUGCCUCGGAAAAGCAGAAGGGGCAGUGUCCGGAAACAACUCUUGAAAUUCAUCCCUGGCCUUCAUCACCCUGUGGAAGAGGAAGAGAGUCGCUUUUGAUGGAUUGUGGUGCCCUUUUGUAGGAGCUUAUUUCGUAAAAGUUGCUAGACUUGUUUAGAUCAACUCCACCCAGCUUAGUGGGAAAAUGCAGAUGGAUUGCAAAUCUGACAUCCCAUUUCUUAGCAAUAGUGACCUUUAUUUAAAUUUUUCUAUCAUUAUUUUUGCUUAUUCAAUCAUUUUUUAACCAGAACAGCUCAAGUUCUAAACAGACAUUAGGGACAUAAAGUCAUAAGUUAGAUAAUAUAACAAAUUAACACAAGUGCCUGCUCAUGCUAAUGCUCCUUGUGAAGGCGAAUAAUAUUUAUUUGCUAGAUAAUCCAUGUAAAAUAUUGAGAACUGUUGGGAUCAAAUAAAUAAAAGUGUAAAUAAAAGUGACAUAAUGUAAUUAUUUGGAAUAUCUUCUAUAGGUUAAGUGGUAGGUUUCAAAAGUUUAUGUUAGCUUAAGUUUAGUAACCUGGAGAGGCUUAAUAAUAAUAGGCAGUUUUGAAUGUUUCUGUUAAAAUCUAUGAAGGAUUAUAAACAAAGAUGAUCAUAAGCCAUUCUUCACAUCUAUAGUCAUAAUAAAGCAGAAAGUAUAAGGUUUCGUAUGAUGGUAUACACUUCAUGAGAUCCAUGGAAAAAUAAUUGUCUAAGAUGGGUGCUGAGGAAGAUUCCAAAGUGUUUUUGUUUGUUUGUUUGUUUUAAUAGGCAGCCUAAACAAAAUGGGUGGAAAUGUCUUUCUUACCCAAUUCAUAUUUUGUUCUAUUUAAACAUUGAUGACAAGUCUAGAACUCUCAAGAUCUUACAUCUUUGUGAUUUUUUUUAAACAGAUGUCU